AUGGCCCUUAAACUGACCAAAGAAGUCUUCAUUGUUGGCGCUAAGCGAACCCCCUUCGGUGGAUUCGGCGGUGCCCUCAAGGACUUCACUGCCAAUGACCUCCAGACUCACGCUAAUGUUGCUGCCAUGGCUCAGGCUGGCGUCGAUCCCUCCCUCGUCGACUCCGUGUGCGUCGGAAACGUCAUGCAGAGCUCCAGCGAUGCCGCUUACAUUGCCCGACAUAGUGCUCUCCGCGCUGGUAUCGACAAGGCCACCCCUGUUUGA